AUGUCUGACCAAAGAAACUCAAGAGAUUCAAAGAUGAAAGAGAAACAGAUUAAUGAUCUUGUGUCAAGAUUACAACUUCUACUUCCUCAGCUUAACCAAAGAAACACUUCAAGGCAAUCAGCGUCGAAGAUCUUGCAGGAAACUUUGAAUCACAUUAGGAGGUUGCAGAAAGAGGUAGAAGAUCUGAGUGAAAGGCUAACACAGUUGAUGGAUUCUGUGGAUUUCAAUGAUAAUGACAGAAGAAAUUUAGUGAACUUUUUGCAAUAUUAA